AUACACUGGUCAGACUUUGAAAACGUUCUGGAGCGCGAAAAUCCAUUGUGUGGAUUCUUAUAAACUCAAUCUGUUAUCACCAAAAACUUUGAAGGACGUAGAAGCAACUGAGAAAUAUCUCAAGUCUUGACUUAUACAAUGAUAAUGUGGUCAACGAUGAUUCUUGUGGCGAACGCACAGAAUGAUACAGACAUAAGAAUUUGUCAUACGUCAACAUCAGCCACGAGUCUUCUGGUGAAAGGAAGAGAAGGAACAUGCUAUCAUUUAGCAAAGGAAAAGGCAAGUUAUGAGGAAGCUAUGAGAUUUUGUACUUCGCUUGGUGGAAACAUAGCAGACAUUCCUCAAGAUAAAUAUCUCAGAAGAUCAAAGUUGGAAGGUGAAAGGUUAUAUUGGACAUACUCAAAAACAGGCGUGGGACAAGAUAUUUCUAAUAAGCUCACAGCACCAAAUAAGAAAUGCAAUGCCCUGUACAAAACAUCAUUCAAAUUUGCCCCUCACCUUACAAAUUGCAAGAAAAACUUGUCUUAUAUAUGUACAACAAAUGCAGCAUACGCCGGUCAGACUUCGAAAAUUUACUGGGACACAAAAACCCAUUGCAUGAAAUCUCAUAAACUCAGUCUGUUGUCACCAAAAACCUUGAAGGACGUAGAAGCCACUGUGGAAUAUCUGAGAGAAAAAUGGGAGAGCUCAAGUAACCAUUUGCCUUGCACUGUAUGGAUUGGACUUACAUGGAGAAACAAUAUUUCAGCUUGGAAUCAUGGCAUUUACAAAGAAUUAUUAGCGGAUGUUAAGGAUCUUCCAUUCAAAAUUAUACCAGAAACUCCUGUGGAUGCAAAACAAGAUCAAAGAUAUCAUGCAAUAAUGAAAUUUGAUGGGUUCAAUUUCAUCGCAACUUGGGAAAGAAAAGACGCAAAGGCCGAUUACAUUUGUGGGAAUUUACCAGCACUGGCCCAAGGCCCUCCAGGAAUGAAUGGGGAGACAAAUCCGGAACCUCCAAAAACCAAAAUACAGCAAUAUUGGAAUAUUAUACUGCCUCUAGUGGGGAUAAUUACCCUAUUCUUGAUUAUACUGACCACAGUUUUCCUACGAAAAAACAAGAAAAGACAUGGAUGUCUCCUUAGCAACUCAUCACAAGCAGGAAGUGAUCAGAGUCAUUCUAACCCAACUUUCCAAAUGGAAACGCAUGGAAAGAAAAGAUCAAGUUCACCUUAUAUAAGCAAUGCGGAUAUUGCUUCAAUACCCAACCUUCCAACUCAACAAAACUUCCAAAACGAACUACCGGUAUCAAUCCCGAGCAAAAGCCAACAACUCGAAACAGUUAGAAUAUUUAACCAAUGGCCUCGUGGAACUGCCCCUCACAUCCCUUUCCCCAAUAUUAAGAUGGGGAAAAACACAGAAACAACAAAAAUAAAUAGGCAAGUUUCCACAGUCUCGGGGCCUUAUGAAACUCCAAUGGAAUUUGAAACACCAAAGGGCUACCUGACUUUUGAAGUGUGUAGCGGACUACAAGUAAAGAGAUCAUCUUCAGAUGAGAGUGUGAUAAUGACACAUAAUUUAUAUCUUCAAAAAUCAACUAUCGAUGAACGGAAGCUAACUCGAAGCAAACAGAAAUCAUCAACAUACACUACAAUGAAUAUGAUGAAUAAAAUAACUCCACAACGCCACCAUCCCUAUCAUCAGAUUGAAGAAAACAUGCAAGGCAAGAGAAAGAUCAAAUUUUCAGAGUUGAGAUCAAGUAAAAGUUACUCAAAUAUCAGUAUAAAAGGUCCAGUCACACAGAGACAAUUAUCUGAUCCAGCGAAGCAUGUCUAUGAACAAAUGAAAAUAAGGUCGCUUAGCAACAGAGCCGCAGGUAUGACAACUGUUGCCACAACAAAAGAAGCUUUGCUAGAAAUUCUCGAAAAACAAAAACGUAAAACUGAAAAUAUAUAUCAAACCGAGAACGAUAUUCUAGAAAAAAUUUCUACUCCAGCCAUAUUGAGCUAUAAAGAAGACACAGACAGUGAUGCCAAAAUAAAACACAAUGCUACUUCUUAAUCUUAUCUAGUAGUUUUCAGCCCCAUUGAAAUAUACUAAGAGGGUACCGGUACUGCAGAAGUAUGUGCACAAAGAUGGCAGACACCAGAACGUUGUAUGUGACAAGGUUACGGUCAGGCCAUAAUUUUAGGUACAAAUACCAUGAA